AUGGUUCCAUCCGUUAUCUACAGCCCAAGUCUUAAAGGCACACGGGACAGAAGGAAAGUACUCGACAAGUUUGAUGACACAUGGGAUGGAUGUUCCCACAUUGAUGUUAAGGACACAUGGGAUGGAGGUUCCCACAUUUGUACCAAGGACACAUGGGAUGGAGGUUCCCACAUUGAUGUUAAGGACACAUGGGAUGGAGGUUCCCACAUUUGUACCAAGGACACAUGGGAUGGAGGUUCCCACAUUGAUGUUAAGGACACGUGGGAUGGAGGUCCCCACAUUGAUGUUAAGGACACAUGGGAUGGAGGUUCCCACAUUGGUACCAAGGACACAUGGGAUGGAGGUUCCCACAUUGAUGUUAAGGACACAUGGGAUGGAGGUUCCCACAUUGGUACCAAAGACACAUGGGAUGGAGGUCCCCACAUUGGUACCAAGGACACAUGGGAUGGAGGUUCCCACAUUGGUACCAAGGACACAUGGGAUGGAGGUCCCCACAUUGGUACCAAGGACACAUGGGAUGGAGGUUCCCACAUUGAUGUUAAGGACACAUGGGAUGGAGGUUCCCACAUUGGUACCAAGGACACAUGGGAUGGAGGUUCCCACAUUGGUACCAAGGACACAUGGGAUGGAGGUCCCCACAUUGAUGUUAAGGACACAUGGGAUGGAGGUUCCCACAUUGAUGUUAAGGACACAUGGGAUGGAGGUUCCCACAUUGAUGUUAAGGACACAUGGGAUGGAGGUUCCCACAUUGGUACCAAGGACACAUGGGAUGGAGGUUCCCACAUUGAUGUUAAGGACACGUGGGAUGGAGGUCCCCACAUUGGUACCAAGGACACAUGGGAUGGAGGUUCCCACAUUGGUACCAAGGACACAUGGGAUGGAGGUUCCCACAUUGAUGUUAAGGACACAUGGGAUGGAGGUUCCCAAAUUGGUACCAAGGACACAUGGGAUGGAGGUCCCCACAUUGGUUCUAAGGACACAUGGGAUGGAGGUUCCCACAUUGGUACCAAGGACACAUGGGAUGGAGGUUCCCACAUUGGUACCAAGGACACAUGGGAUGGAGGUUCCCACAUUGGUUCUAAGGACACAUGGGAUGGAGGUUCCCACAUUGGUACCAAGGACACAUGGGAUGGAGGUUCCCACAUUGGUACCAAGGACACAUGGGAUGGAGGUCCCCACAUUGAUGUUAAGGACACAUGGGAUGGAGGUUCACACAUUGAUGUUAAGGAAACAUGGGAUGGAGGUUCCCACAUUGGUACCAAGGACACAUGGGAUGGAGGUUCCAACAUUGAUGUUAAGGACACAUGGGAUGGAGGUUCCCACAUUGGUACCAAGAACACAUGGGAUGGAGGUCCCCACAUUGAUGUUAAGGACACAUGGGAUGGAGGUUCCCACAUUGAUGUUAAGGACACAUGGGAUGGAGGUUCCCACAUUGGUACCAAAGACACAUGGGAUGGAGGUUCCCACAUUGAUGUUAAGGACACAUGGGAUGGAGGUUCCCACAUUUGUACCAAGGACACAUGGGAUGGAGGUUCCCACAUAGGUACCAAGGACACAUGGGAUGGAGGUUCCCACGUUGGUACCAAGGACACAUGGGAUGGAGGUCCCCACAUUGGUACCAAGGACACAUGGGAUGGAGGUUCACACAUUGAUGUUAAGGAAACAUGGGAUGGAGGUUCCCACAUUGGUACCAAGGACACAUGGGAUGGAGGUUCCCACAUUGGUACCAAGGACACAUGGGAUGGAGGUUCCCACGUUGGUACCAAGGACACAUUGGAUGGAGGUUCCCACAUCGGUGUUAAGGAUACAUGGGAUGGAGGUUCCCACAUUGGUACCAAGGACACAUGGGAUGGAGGUUCCCACAUUGGUACCAAGGACACAUGGGACGGAGGUUCCCACAUUGGUGUUAAGGACACAUGGGAUGAAGGUUCCCACAUUAGUUCUAAGGACACAUGGGAUGGAGGUUCCCACUUUAGUGUUAAGGACACAUGGGAUGGAGGUUCCCACUUUAGUGUUAAUGACACAUGGGAUGGAGGUUCCCACUUUAGUGUUAAGGACACAUGGGAUGGAGGUUCCCACUUCAGUGUUAAGGACACAUGGGAUGGAGGUUCCCACAUUAGUAUUAAGGACACAUGGGAAUGGGCUCCCUCGUUGAUAUUGAGAACACCUGCAAUGUAA